AUGGAAUUGACGCUGGUCAACGUGCGACAUCCCGAUUUCAACGGGACGCACAUCGAGAAAGUCCGCGUGGAGGCGACCGCCGCGGUGCAGAAGGUGGCGAUCCCCGCGGGGACAGACGCCGAGUUAUUCGCUGCCAGUGGUGGAGAAUUGGCUGUAAAGGAGGGGAGAGGACUGAAGAGAAGGGACAAACGGAACAAGUUUCACCAGUACCAGCGACGUUUUGUUCAAAUUCAAAAUCGAAUCUUAACCUAUGCACACAACACUUCCAUAAACGAUCCUUCUUCCGAGCCCCACUCGUUCUCGCUCGAAAACGCAUCCGCGCGGAUGCUGGAGGCCAACCAGGCCGCAGGCGAGUACGUCUUUGAGAUCCAGGCGGAGCUUCGCACGCUCCAAUUCCGCACCAAUCAGCAGCAAACCGCGGAAAACUGGGUCAAUUGGGUCACGGCGUGCAGCAACGAAAAACGCUAUCAGGACACGCUGAAGCAGUUGCUGCACACGACGGAGGAGGGAGAGGAGGAUGCGGAGAGCGUGCUGAACGACGCGGCCGCGAUGGAGAAGAAAAUAUCCGCGGAAAUCGUGAAGCGGAUUUUGAAGUCGUAUUUUGACAUCGUUCGGAAGAAGCUGAUCGAUGCGAUUCCGAAGGCGAUUGUUUAUAUGCUCGUGAACAAGGUGAUGGAGCAGAUGACUGCCACGGUGGUCGAGGAAUUGUUUAACGACCAGGCGGUGGUGGAAAUGCUGGCAGAGGACCCGGGAAUCACGAAGAAGCGAGAGGAAACGCAGCAGGCGAUUGUGUAUUUGGAUGAGGCGAUCGAGAAGAUUAACUACAUGCAGGCUUCGGGCGAUUUGGAGAGAGGGGAGUGAGUUCCACGUUGAUUGAACGUGUUUUACCAUGAGACUCAAAAGGAAUUGUUUGCUCGAGAGAUUCUUGC